AUGUUGUUGUUAUUCUUCUUCAUCUUCUUUCAUUUUUUACUUAACCAAAUCGAUUCAUGUCCAUUAACUGAUGCCUAUUUAUCUCGUUGUCAUUGUGGAAUUUUAACAAAUGGUGAAUCUUAUAUAAAAUGUGAUGAAAAAUCUCUUAAUGAAAUACCAAAAUUUAAACGUUCAUUUCCCUAUGAUGAACUUAUAUUAUCAAAUAAUAAUAUUAAACUUUUAACAUCAUCAUCAUUUGAUAAUAUCAAAACAAUAAAACGUAUAAAUUUAUAUGGCAAUUUUUUAUCCUAUAUCGAUGAAGAUCUAUUACGUUUACUGGGAAAUUAUCUUGAAGAAUUAAUAUUAACAGGUGAUAAUGAAAUAAAUUCCUUAGAAUUUUUAACACGUUAUCCAUUAAAAAAAUUACGUAUACUAAAAUUAAAUCAAUUCAACUUACAAAACAUCAAUCUCGAAAAAAUUUUUUCUAAUAUGACUAAACUUGAACAAAUAUCAUUACAAACAUGUCAAAUACAACAAAUUCCACAAUUAAAUCAAGUACAAAUAUUAAAUUUAGAAAAUAAUUUCCUCACAAAUUCAUUAUUUCUUUCAACAAUCUAUUCCUCUUUAAAUCUUGCUAAUAAUCAAAUAACAUCAAUUAUUCUACAAAACAAUCCAAAUUUAAUUUCAUUAAAUCUUUCGAAAAAUUUUCUUCAAGAAUUUUAUUCAUUAACAAUAUCAAAUAAAAAUCUACAAACCUUAGAUUUAAGUUUCAACCAAUUAUCAUCGAUUGAUUUAACAAUAUUAAAUGAUAAUUUAACCUAUCUUAAUCUUAGUUCAAAUCAAAUACAACAACUGAAAUUUCUAUCCUAUCCGAAAUCUUUAUUAUCAUUAGAUUUAAAUUCAAAUCAAUUGAAAACUCUAGAAAAUAAUUCUUUAUAUGAACAAUUAAAUUAUUUAAAUCUCGAUUCGAAUCCACUUGAAUGUAAUUGUCAUUUAAAAUGGUUAACUAAUCUUACAAGAAAACCAUUAUGGCCAUGUACAUCAUCAAAUUUUCAGUGUCAAUCGAUGUUAAUUCCACGUAUAAUUACAUUUAAUAUAACAUAUAUAAAAACUUCGAUAGAUAAUGGUCUUUUAAUUGAAUGGACAUUGAUUGAUAAUUAUCAUACAUUAUUUUAUGUCGAAUUAAGUAUUGAUCAUAUGUUAGAGAAACUUUCAAUAAAUCAAACACGUGUAUAUAUAACAAAUAAUAUACAAUUUAAUCAAUAUUAUUAUAUAUGUUUAAUAUUAAUACAUAAAUAUUCGCGUGAUAAAUAUUGUCGAGAUAUACAAACGAUUCAUCCAAUAAUUAUGAAUAAUAUUAAAUUUAAUGAUAAUGAAAUAAUAUUUAAGAAGACUCAAACUGAUAAUCAUAUUUAUUUAUUAUUAAUUGGUAUUUGUAUUGGUGGUUUAUUAACAUUUAUAUUAUUAUUAACGUGUUGUUAUUUAUUUUAUCAAAUACGAAUAUAUAGAAAUUCUAAUUCACAACCUGUUUAUGAAAAAUGCUCACAACAUUUACAUUAUCCGAUUUAUCAUUGUCCACAUCAUCAAAUAAUUUAUAAUUCAGAAAAUUUAUCGAAUUCAACUGAUAGUACACAUAUGGACAAUGCAACAUUAUCAACAACAAAAAAUAAUUCGAAACAUAUUUAUCAAACAAUUGAUAAUCAAGACUAUCAUUCAUUAAGAAAACAACAUUACCAAGUAUUUGAAUUAUGGAAUGAAUCUUUAAAACAUAAGAGAUAG